GUCACCAACACAGUCACGUUUGUUUAUUUUCAUGUCUGCUGUCUGAUUCGGAUCGCUCGGUUUCCGGUGUUUGGGGCAACCGGAGUUGGUCCAGAGCCGAAGCGCUGGUUUCAGGUUGACGGUGCGACCCUCCAGGAGCAUGGCCGACGGUCCAGAAGCUGAUGUGGACGAGCCGCCCAGUAUGAACUUCCCCCCGCUCAUCACUGUUUCUGAUCUGCCCGGUGCCACCGCCGCAGGCCGUAACCUGAAGGAAUGGCUCCAGGAGCAGUUCUGCGACAAACCUCUAGAGCAGGACGACAUGCGGCUGCACAACGCAGCCUACGUGGGAGACCUGGACACCCUGAGGAACCUGCUGCAGGAGGACGACUUCAAACGGCGGAUCAAUGAGAAGUCCGUGUGGUGUUGUGGCUGUCUGCCCUGUACCCCUCUGCGGAUCGCCGCCACGGCAGGACAUGCCGCCUGCGUGGCCUACCUGAUCGCCCAGGGAGCCGAGGUGGACCUAGUGGAUGUAAAAGGUCAAACGGCCCUCUACGUAGCCGUGGUCAACGGUCACCUGGAAUGCGUCCGGAUCCUCCUCGAAGCCGGAGCCGAUCCCAACGGAAGUCGGCACCACCGCAGCACCCCGCUUUACCACGCCGCGAGGGUGGGAAGGCUGGACAUACUGCAGGAGCUGAUCAGGUUUAAUGCUGAUGUAGACAUGGACCACCAGCUGGGCCCCCGGCUCCUCCUGAGCGCUCGCACACUCAACACUCUGGUGGUGUGUCCUCUCUACAUCAGCGCUGCCUACCACCACCUCCACUGUUUCCGGCUGCUGCUCCAGGCCGGCGCUCAGCCUGAUUUCAACUACACGGGGCCCGUCUGCCAAGAGGCUCUGACCCGCGGCCUGGCCUCCUGCCUGCUGGAUGCCGUGCUGCGACACGGGUGUGAGGUGGCCUUCAUCCACCUGCUGCUGGACCACGGGGCCAACCCGGCCCUCGUGCCCUGGGACGAGUCAGAGCCGGAGGCUCCUAAUCGGAGGAAGGUGAAUCCGGAGGCGCUCAAGGCCUUCCUGGAGGCGAGGAGAUGCCCUCGUAGGCUGACACACCUGUGUCGCAUCAGGAUCCGCAGAGUGAUGGGCAAAAAUCGUCUAACCCAUAUACCCUCCUUACCGCUGCCACAACCCAUCAAGAACUUCCUGCUUCACCAAAACUGACCACCAUCCACCUUCUCUACUUCUGCAGAGCUCAUCCAACCCAAACCUCAGUCAGUCCCAACACCAAUCCCAAGGAUGGAGCAGUUUGCUAAUUGCUUAUUAUUUUCUAAUAAUAAACAGUUCAUUAUAAUUGUAAUAUUUUGAAGUUAAGUCAGGGGAUGCCCCUAUCUUCCAGUUACUGUGAUAUUUAAUGAAAUGCUUCUUAACUUAUUGGAGAAGCCUUAAUACGUCCUGACAUGUGGAAACUUUGUGUGCAUCCUAAAUGUUUGACUUCCCGAAAUGACCGGGAUGUUCUGGUCCUGCUUCAGGAGCACUUUUCAGGUGAACAACCACAGUAGGAAUUUAGUCUGAGGCAAUGAUUUAAUUAGGCCAUGUAUUAGAUAUCCUGCUCAGAGGCAGACGUACCAGAUCUGGCCCCUUGAUUUGCUCAUUUAUCUGUUUUAUGUGAACUUUAGGCCUUUUACCAACUCUCAGCCAGAGUGAAUGCAGAGUGCAGCAGCCCAGUCUUGAGUCUAUACUGUAGAUCACUUACGUUAUAAGUGAUCAUUAGUGUGAAGUACGAGGAUGAAAAAGUGCCCUAGAUUGUGUUUGUAUUCUAAUUCUGCUUCUUUUUAACGCGUUCAGCACUUUGAUUUGGCUGAUGUAAGGGCUGGACUGUGGGUUAGCAAACUCCUGACACUGUCGUUCUGUGUUUACAUUUCUUUAUUCGCCGUAAAUCCUUUUUUAACCGUAAGCCUUAACAUCGAGUUUUGGAAAAUGGCCUCAAAGAUUGUUCAGACCUUAAACACUGAUGAUAAAAUUCCGGCUGUUAAGAAGGAAAUUUUUAGUUUAAAAUGAGCAAUUUAAGGUCCUGGAUCCAGUGGUGUGUCCAGAUGUUUUUGACUGGGGUGGCCUAAGGGGGGGCAUUGACUUAUGCAGGAGGGGUUGCAUGAAGUGCAUGUAUGCGCGCAUGCACAUUUAAAAAAACAAACAUUUAAAACAUAAAUCGUCCUACCAAUCACAACACAGCAGAGUGGCACCACGCAAAAAUAAAAAUAGCUUCCAUACUUUAUUGUCCUCUAAAAAAACUCCACCUCCAAAACUAGGUUACAAAAGAAAACAAUGCACAUUGAGGCCCCGCCUCUUACUGGGCUGAUAGCCAAUCACACUGUGGGACAAUAGAGUUGCACUUGGGGUGGCCAGUGCCACCCCAGACCCCCCUUCUGGACAUGCCCCGGCCUGGAUCUCAACUGAAACACUGGUAGCAGGAGAAACAUUUGGGUCUAAUUACUGAUGUACAUGUUACCAUCAAAAACUAUGAAGGAGCCUUUGUAUAAAAUGCACUGUUUAAGCAUAUUUAACAGUACUUUGUUUGAAUGAAAUGUGAUAAUGAUGAAUAGUGAUUACCCAGACAGCUGCCUUCUGUGAGUCAUUUCACCUAUUGUCUACUGUGCACGCCAACAUGCAAAAUCAGUGCGUUGUGCUUCGUAUAU